AGUUCUAGGAUGUAAUGUGAACAAAAAGAUUAUGAGCCAGCAUGAUGAACGCAGAAAGUGAAAGUGAAGAAGAAGUUCUUUACAAUCUCAGCAAUGGAAAGCAAUAUAUUGCCCUUCAGAAUUUGGAGGGUUCCCAUGUGUCACCCCAGCUGAAACCUGGGCUGUUAGAAACACCUCGAACAUCAGGGGUUGGAGCAAUUUUUGCAAAUCUCUUCAAAUGCUACACUGGAGCAGGGUUGUUGAGCUUGCCUUUUGCCUUCAGAUACAGUGGAGUUGUUGCUGGGGUUGUGUGUUUGAUACUGGUUUCUGUGAUGUGUACAGUUUCAAUGGUCUGCCUUGUAAAAUGCAAGAUCCACCUCUCAAAGAAAUCAUCUGCUAAUCUGACAUACAGUGAUGUUGUGCUUCUUCUCUUGGGCAGGAAAUGGAGCAUUGUUCUAGACAUUACGAUUAUUGCAUUUCAGUUCGGAGCAGUAGUCAUUUACUUUGUGUUCGUCUCGGAGAACUUGACACCGUUCUUCAGUAAGAUGUCCUCAAUCUCUGCCAGGUGGUGUUGGCUGCUCUUCAUUGCUCCCCUUUACAUCGGCCUCAGCUGGAUCAGAUCGAUGAAAUAUAUUGGUAUUAUAUCUUUCUUCGCUGAGAUCAGCAUUCUAACUGGAAUUGCUGUGACAGGAGUUAUUGGUUGCCUCCAGCUGUCAAGAAAGGUUGUUCCUGGCUUGGCUUUCAACGUUAAUAUGACUCCUCCGUGGAGGACGUUACCGUUGAUGUUUGGAAUGGCAGCAUUUGCUUUCGAAGGAGCUGGGGUGGUCAUUCCCUCAGAAUGUAGCAUGAAAAAACCAGAGAAAUUCAACAAGGUCCUGGUAUCGGUACUGUCAGCUGCCACUUUCAUGUACAUAACAUUUGGUGUUUUACUCUACACAGCGUUCGGACCAGAAACAGGCUUCACUACUGGACAAAUAACUGAAAACUUGGAACAGUUUGCUACUCACAUGGUGGAUAGAUCCUUCUGGCAUGUUAUGCAAAUUGUUGUUCGAUUGUGCCUGGUGUUCGGCAUUGGGAUGAGCGUGUCAGUUCAACUAAUUGUAGUUCUCGAUAUAGUUGAGAAGGAACUAUUCAAGCCCGGUAGAUUCUCUCAGAAUAACCUAUUUUGGAAACAGAACUUGAUCCGAGCUGUAAUGACUGUAAUUGGACUCAGCCUGGCUGCGUCAGGCCUCUCAUUCGGACAUCUGGUAUCUCUGACAGGAGCAUUUAGUGGCACUCUAAUGCAGUUCAUCUUUCCAGCUGCCUGUUACUUAAAAUGUUUUAGAGACAGUUUGUCACUUUGUCAGAAACUUGGUAUGUGGUUGUUGGCUAUUUGUGGGGUUAUAUUUGGGGGACUUGCCACUUACGUGACGUUGAUUGAAAUGUUUUCCUGAGGGAGCGUUAUAUCUAGAUACUAAUUAUUAAAUAUUAAUGUUAUAAUAAAUUGUUUUUUCAAUUUUUAUGUAGUCAUGGGGAGAUUUUGUUGGAUUCAUUUCAAUGUUUUUGGGUAGAACAGCUUCAAUUUCGUUAAAUAGAUGUAUAAUAUUUACUAAAAUUUGAAAUGAUCUGUAUUUAACAGUUAUCCUUAAUUUUCUAAUAUUAUUAUCCUAUAUAAAUUUCUAAUAUUAUUCUCCUUUAUACAA